GAUGUUUAAAUAGUUCUGAUUGAAUGUUCCCUCCAGCAUGUGGACACAUCAAAGUGCCGUGUGGCGCGCGCGCCUGCGUACACGUUUCUCCACACCUGACUGUCACGACGUUAAUGACACCAGCAGUCCGAUGGACAUGGCCACCCUGCGUCAGCACACGACCCUCGUCUCCCGCGUCAUGGUCGCGCUGUCCUUAAGCGCCGUGUCCUUCGCGGAGAGAACUCGGGAGAGCGCCGGACCGGAGAUGCUGUGCGGAGACGUCGAGGUGAGAAUAACCGUGCCGCGGCGGUUCCUCGAGGAGAGACGGAUUCCGUUCGAGCCGGCGCGACUGCGCCUGGGCGCGCACUCGACGCCGGAGAAGUCGUGCGCGCCGAAGGGACACGUGGCCGGCGGCGCUGCGAUGGUCAUCGUGGCAGGUCUGCAGCAAUGUGGGACUGAGUCCAAUGUUCGUGGUGAGUGGCUUGUGUAUUCAAACCAGCUGUUACUAUUUCCCGCUGUGGUUCCGACCUCUUCGGCCAGUGUAAUAGUCCGAGGAGCAACUACCGUCAUACCUGUCGAGUGCCAUUAUAGCAGAAAGCAGACAGUGAAUGCAAAACCGUUAACCCCAACCUGGCAACCCAUGACCUCCACCGUCAGUGUCUUUGGCCUGCUGCACUUCUCCCUUCAUACCAUGGCAGAUGACUGUACCUCUCUACGUAGUUCCUCGGAUUACCAGCAGGGGGAAGCAGUGUUUUUGGAGGCCAGUGUGGAGGCCCCACUGCACCCUCCACUCACUGUGUAUGUGGACUCCUGUGUUGCUACACUGACGCCCGACCCUCUCUCCUUGCCAAGCUACAAGUUUAUCACCAAACAUGGGUGUCUUGUGGACAGUGUAUUACCGAGGUCUUCAUCGAAAUUUCUCCUUAGGGAGCAAGACAACAAGUUAUGCUUCAGCGUCCAAGCCUUCCACUUCAAACAGGAGCCUGGGGAACAGAUGUUCAUCAACUGCCACCUUCGGGCCACUCUGAAACAAAGCUCCCAGAGCCACCUUCACAAAGCCUGCUUCUUCCACAGGCCCACAUUUAGCUGGCAUUCCACAGAGGGAGACAAUGCUCUGUGUGAAUGCUGUGACUCUGAUGACUGCUUGACUGGAGAGGAGAAUCGUGGCCACAUUGUUGUCACAACUCAACCAGCAUCAGUCCCGUCCCUGUGCAGAGCUUCAGUCACCUUUACUUCUUCAGGGCAGACCGGACGCUGCAGUGAUUCACUACUGGAAAGGGACAAGACGGGACAGCUGUUGGCAAGACUGCUUGCCUUGGUGUUGGUGGUGUUGGAGUGGACCCGGCCAGGCCUACCGUCCCCACUGAGGCCAAUUUGUGACCUGCGGGUCCUGAACCAUUUUAUCAAGGAAGUGCGAGACGCUGAAGUCGCUAUGAAGUCGUGCAGAGAAGGAUGUAGCCUGUCAGACUCUGUCACUGUUCCCCAGACCAGAGUCGACUUUGAUGUGUGGGAGAAGAAAAACGCACUGGAGCAAGCCAAGGAGGUGCAGUCCGGCUUGUGGCUUCUACAACAGGCCCUGGAUUCGCUACGGACCUCCGUCUCCAACACAGCACUGCACAGCCACAUAGAUAACUCCAUUAGAAACCUGGUCAGCAUCAAUGCCGUGCUGCGCAGUCUCAACAUCCAGGAAUAUAUCCCACCAGCAAGUGCAGCCGGGCUUGAGGGCACAUGGAGUGUGUCGUCCGCAACAGAUUUGUUUCAAGUCUAUGUCAAUUUCUUGCGAGGCAAAGUACGCCUCCUCCUUUUGGACGCACAGGCAUGUCAGCCAGAUGUCAGCUGAUCGGCUGAUCUCCCUGCUCCGGGCGAAGCGAAUUUGUGUUCCCAAAGGCGAGAGGAGGGACUGUACACUGUUGAACUGCACCCUGGCUGGCUGCGUGUGGUAAGGAAAGAAAGACACGGCCGUCCUCACGCGAGCGGAAGAAGCUGAAAGGAAAGGACAGUCCGAGCUCGGCGGCAGACGGACGGGAGAUGAUUGCACCUUGGAACGUAGUUGUGACACAUGAUCAUGGUGAAGAACAAACUGACCAAAAAAGGAGGCCUUUGGGAAAGCACUGCUCCAAUAGCUGUUCUACUGGCGCUCUCUUGCACUUUGUGUGUGUGGAUAUACUUCUGUUUGUGUAAAUUAAGACUGCAAGUUUUAAAUCUGCACGUAGUGUGCACACGUGUUUGUCUUCAGUGACCCCCCUGGAGUGAAAGACCCUGAAAAUAUUGAUUGUACCUGGAAAACUGGGAGGACUGUGAGGGUUCCGACAGGUUAUCCAUUUGGAAUACCGCUGCAAAAUGUCAAAAUUCACGAGGCCUCACCUCACAAUCCUUUAGCCUCACAGAAACAAUACUCUUCUCAUAUUUUUUUUUCAAUGAAUAUUUUAAUAUAUAUUUUUAAUAACAGUUGUGUAAUUUACUAUUUAUAGAUUUUCUACUUUAAAGCUCAAGUCUUGGUAUUUUUUGGUGUCGGAUCUUUAAGAUUGUAGUCGGGCCCUCCUUGCCAUGUUCUCUUUGUGUUAUAUUGAACACAUUUGCAAAGGUGUUUGACAUAAUUUGCCUUGGCACGCUGCUGUCUUCCUUUUUUUAUAAACUGUGUGUACCUGACAAGUAGUUAGUUUUUCACUGCAUGUUCCUUCAAAGAUGACAGAAUUAAAGCCUAAAGGUUUUGUUGCAGAGGUCCAGUUACAGGGAGCGAGAGGUCAGUGGGAGGGUUACAUGAGAACUGUGAAGCUGUUUUGUCGUUAUGUGUUUUUGUUGCUGCCUAACUCAACCAGCCUCUACGCACUGAUGGCGAGAAUGCCUGGGAAAAAAAUGGUGUUUGGCUUUUACAAUUAACAUCCUGUGAGGCUCUAAUUGCAAAUGGUUUUCCAGAAAUGUGACGCUAAUGCCGUCUCCUCCCCGCCAUCUGUUGUUUGUCAUCAAACAGCAGACAGGCAAUCAGUUAGUCCUGGGAACUUGAGGUUUUCUAUGAAAUGUAAGCUCAUCUAUUUCAGCCUGGUUAAGUGUUCUUCCUUGCCCCCCCCCCCCCCCGGAUUUUGAUAUCUUGUGCGAG